UUUCUCAAUGAGUUUGGGAGGGGUACGGUGCGUGUGUACAACUAAUUCCGGAUAAAUCGUUUAUUUUAUUUUAUUAUUGUCAGCGUGUACGAUGUGUUAUUGUGAAAAUGUGUUAACCUGUUUAAAUAGCGUGUAAGGUCACAUACUCAGUUUCUCUCCAGUAUUUGCAAUAAUCAUGCAAAAUGGCCAACGAUUUGUGGUCAUGUUACUGUUGUACAGAAGCACUGACAUGUUGGUUGCGCUUAAAACUAUCACCUGAAGAGAUAGAGCAACGUUACAGAAGUAAAGAGAUCGAUAGAAUAUUGGAGAAGGACAAGCAGACUUUACGGCGACAAGUCAAACUUUUAUUACUCGGUGCAGGUGAAAGCGGAAAAUCAACAUUCCUGAAACAGAUGAGAAUAAUACACAGAGUCAAGUUUGAGCCGGAACUAGUGCGCGAAUACCAACAUGUGAUUUAUCAGAACAUUGUGAAGGGUAUACAAGUGUUAGUGGACGCUAGAGACAAGCUCGCGAUCCCGUGGGAAAAUCCGAGGAACCUCGACAUCGGGCAGCAAGCGCUGCACUUCAACAGCAGUGCGUCACUCGACAGCCUGCUGUUCAUGCACUACGCGCCACACAUACACUCCCUAUGGCUGGACAGAGCCAUAAAAAGGGCAUAUGACAGGCGGAGAGAGUUCCAACUGAGUGACUCCGUGAGUUAUUUCUUCGGUGAGUUGGAGCGUAUCGCGCGGCCUGACUACGUGCCCUCGCACCAGGACAUCCUGCACUGCCGGAAGGCCACCAAGGGAAUUACGGAGUGCACCAUCAAUAUCAACAAUGUACCCUUCGUGUUUGUGGAUGUGGGCGGGCAGCGGACGCAGCGACAGAAGUGGACGCAGUGCUUCGACUCUGUCACCUCCAUACUCUUCCUCGUGUCAUCGUCUGAGUUCGAUCAGGUGUUGUCGGAAGACAGGAAGACGAACCGGCUCGCCGAGGCCCUCAACAUAUUUGACACAAUCGUCAACAACGUCAACUUCAAAGGGAUAUCAAUUAUUCUCUUUUUGAACAAGUCUGAUCUACUCGCGAAGAAAGUCGCCAGUAAGGAGACGGAUAUACGCUGGUACUACCCCCAGUUCACCGGCGACCCACACAAUCUACAGGAUGUUCAGAUGUUCAUACUCAACAUGUUCGCCAACGUCCGGCGCGAGCCGAAGACGACCCUUUAUCACCACUUCACCACAGCCAUCGACACGCACAACAUCGAGGUCGUCUUCAACUCCGUCAAGGAUACGAUUCUCAACCGUAACCUCGAAUCGCUAAUGUUGCAGUGACGAUGUGAUAUUCGGUGCAAAUGGACUCGAUACAUCGAUUGUGAUACGUCUUGGGCAAUAUUGAGUUGUAAGUUCGCAAUAUCGAUAUUCCAUGCACAGCGAUUUAAAUACAACGAUCCUAAAGAUAUAAUCUAUGGCACAUUUUUAAUGAAAGUACAAUUUACCUAAUCCCCACCCAUUAGUGUAAUUAAAAAAAUGAUUAUACCGCAUUGUUAAAGGUCUAUAUAAAACGUUUGUUUAUGAAUUUGAAGUGUUUCAAGGAUUGUUAUAUUUAAAUGUGUUGUAUGGACAAAGGGGUGCGUAUUAAAAGACAGUAAUGUGAUGUUUGUAUGGCCUUCAGUGCGGCCUAUUGCGAGGGGAAUUGCAAUCGUCUGCCGAGCGCUGCGUUCGGUGACGUAUAUGUAGUCAUAGUGUAAUGAAAACAUUUUUAUAUAUCAGUAUAUUUAUGACCAAAAAAUGUAGAUUUUGCACUUAAAUUAUAUAAUUAGAAAACACUUUCUUUUGGAUAGUUUUAUAUGUGUACGGACGCUGUUUGAUCGCGUUUGACACGGACAAGGAAUUAGAAGUAAUUCGGUGAUGCGGUAUAUACUCGUAGGAAUAGAAGUUGUCAUGUAAUCGAUACAUAAUCGUAGUUUGCUUAGAGGAAAUACCAACGAAUAUUGGAUUUAGUCGUAUUAUUCAAAAUUAUGCUCUAAUUUGUUGAGGUCAGUGUUGUUUUUUGCUUGUGUUUGACUUAAAAGUGCCAAGUUUGAUCUGGUAUGAAAAGUAUUAACAAGGAUCUGUUCAUAGAGGUUAUAUGGACUUGCUCAGAUACUCAAAAAAAGUACAGAAUAAAGUAAUCCCUUUAGGGAAUAAAAGUGUACAUAAUAAUAUCGUAUACUGUGAUUUUUUAAAUUAUUAAGAAUGAUAAUUUUCAUCAGUCACUAUAUGACAUAUCGAAAAUGACUCGAAAAAGAUGCAAAUAUUUCUUACAAAUGUCUCCAAUACUCUAAAAAAAAAGAUCGUGA